AUCACUGUGCUGGACGAGAAUGACAACAGCCCCCGGUUUGACUUCACCUCCGACUCGGCGGUCAGCACACCCGAGGACUGCCAUGUGGGCCAGCGAGUGGCUACUGUCAAGGCCUGGGACCCUGACGCUGGCAGCAAUGGGCAGGUGGUCUUCUCCCUGGCCUCUGGCAACAUCGCUGGGGCCUUUGAGAUCGUCACCACCAAUGACUCCAUUGGCGAAGUGUUUGUGGCCAGGCCCCUGGAUAGAGAAGAGCUAGAUCACUACAUCCUCAAGGUUGUGGCUUCUGACCGAGGCACCCCUCCACGGAAGAAGGACCACAUCCUGCAGGUGACCAUCCUGGACAUCAAUGACAACCCUCCAGUCAUCGAGAGCCCCUUUGGAUACAAUGUCAGUGUGAAUGAGAACGUGGGUGGAGGUACUGCUGUGGUCCAGGUGAGAGCCACUGACCGUGACAUCGGGAUCAACAGUGUUCUGUCCUACUACAUCACCGAAGGCAACAAGGACAUGACCUUCCGCAUGGACCGCAUCAGCGGUGAGAUCGCCACUCGGCCUGCCCCGCCUGACCGUGAGCGCCAGAGCUUCUACCACCUGGUGGUUACUGUGGAGGACGAGGGCACCCCAACCCUGUCGGCCACCACGCACGUCUACGUGACCAUUGUGGAUGAGAAUGAUAAUGCGCCCAUGUUCCAGCAGCCCCACUAUGAAGUGCUGCUGGAUGAGGGCCCAGACACGCUCAACACCAGCCUCAUCACCAUCCAGGCACUGGACCUGGAUGAGGGUCCCAACGGCACAGUCACCUAUGCCAUCGUCGCAGGCAACAUCAUCAACACCUUCUGCAUCGACAGACACAUGGGUGUCAUCAAUGCUGCCAAAGAGCUGGACUACGAGGUCAGCCACGGCCGCUACACCCUGAUCGUCACUGCCACAGACCAGUGCCCCAUCUUAUCCCACCGCCUCACCUCUACCACCACGGUGUUUGUGAAUGUGAAUGACAUCAACGACAACGUGCCUACCUUCCCCCGGGACUAUGAGGGACCAUUUGAAAUCACUGAGGGCCAGCCAGGGCCCAGAGUGUGGACCUUCCUGGCCCAUGACCGAGACUCAGGACCCAACGGGCAGGUGGAGUACAGCAUCGUGGACGGAGACCCUCUGGGGGAGUUUGUGAUCUCUCCUGUGGAGGGGGUGCUAAGGGUCCGGAAGGAUGUGGAGCUGGACCGGGAGACCAUCGCCUUCUACAACCUGACCAUCUGUGCCCGUGACCGGGGGAUGCCCCCACUCAGCUCCACAAUGCUGGUGGGGAUCCGGGUGCUGGACAUCAACGACAACGACCCUGUGCUGCUGAACCUACCCAUGAACAUCACCAUCAGUGAGAACAGCCCUGUCUCCAGCUUUGUCGCCCAUGUCCUGGCCAGCGACGCUGACAGUGGCUGCAAUGCACGCCUCACCUUCAACAUCACUGCGGGCAAUCGCGAGCGGGCCUUCUUCAUCAAUGCCACGACAGGGAUCGUCACUGUGAACCAGCCCCUGGACCGCGAGCGGAUCCCAGAGUACAAGCUGACCAUUUCUGUAAAGGACAACCCGGAGAACCCACGCAUAGCCAGGAGGGAUUAUGACUUGCUUCUGAUCUUCCUUUCUGAUGAGAAUGACAACCACCCCCUCUUCACUAAAAGCACCUACCAGGCAGAGGUGAUGGAAAACUCUCCCACGGGGACCCCUCUCACAGUGCUCAAUGGGCCCAUCCUGGCCCUGGAUGCAGACCAAGACAUCUACGCCGUGGUGACCUACCAGCUGCUGGGCGCCCAGAGUGGCCUCUUUGACAUCAACAGCAGCACCGGUGUGGUGACCGUGAGGUCAGGCGUCAUCAUUGACCGGGAGGCAUUCUCGCCACCCAUCCUGGAGCUGCUGCUGCUGGCUGAGGACAUCGGGCUGCUCAACAGCACGGCCCACCUGCUCAUCACCAUCCUGGAUGACAAUGACAACCAGCCCACCUUUAGCCCUGCCACCCUCACUGUCCAUCUGCUAGAGAACUGCCUGCCUGGAUUCUCAGUCCUUCAAGUCACAGCCACAGAUGAGGACAGUGGCCUCAAUGGGGAGCUGGUCUACCGAAUAGAAGCUGGGGCUCAGGACCGCUUCCUCAUUCAUCCGGUCACCGGGGUCAUCCGUGUUGGCAAUGCCACCAUCGACAGAGAGGAGCAAGAGUCUUACAGGCUAACGGUGGUGGCCACCGACCGGGGCACCGUUCCUCUCUCGGGCACAGCCAUCGUCACCAUCCUGAUCGAUGACAUCAAUGACUCCCGCCCCGAGUUCCUCAACCCCAUCCAGACAGUGAGCGUGCUGGAGUCGGCUGAGCCAGGCACUGUCAUUGCCAAUAUCACAGCCAUUGACCGCGACCUCAACCCAAAGCUAGAGUACCACAUCGUCGGCAUUGUGGCCAAGGAUGACACUGAUCGCCUGGUGCCCGACCAGGAGGACGCCUUUGCUGUGAAUAUCAACACAGGAUCUGUAAUGGUGAAGUCCCCCAUGAACCGGGAGCUGGUUGCCACCUAUGAAGUCACUCUCUCAGUGAUUGACAAUGCCAGCGACCUACCAGAGCGCUCUGUCAGUGUGCCAAAUGCCAAGCUGACUGUCAACAUCCUGGACGUCAAUGACAAUACGCCCCAGUUCAAGCCCUUUGGGAUCACCUACUACAUGGAGCGGAUCCUGGAGGGGGCCACUCCUGGGACCACGCUUAUUGCUGUGGCAGCCGUGGACCCUGACAAGGGCCUUAAUGGGCUGGUCACCUACGCCCUGCUGGACCUGGUGCCCCCAGGCUAUGUCCAGCUGGAGGACUCCUCAGCAGGGAAGGUCAUUGCCAACCGGACAGUGGACUACGAGGAGGUGCACUGGCUCAACUUUACUGUGAGGGCCUCAGACAAUGGGUCCCCGCCCCGGGCAGCUGAGAUCCCUGUCUACCUGGAGAUCGUGGACAUCAAUGACAACAACCCCAUCUUUGACCAGCCCUCCUAUCAGGAGGCUGUCUUUGAGGAUGCGCCUGUGGGCACAAUCAUCCUGACAGUCACUGCCACUGAUGCUGACUCAGGCAACUUUGCACUCAUUGAGUACAGCCUUGGAGAUGGAGAGAGCAAGUUUGCCAUCAACCCCACCACGGGUGACAUCUAUGUGCUGUCUUCUCUGGACCGGGAGAAGAAGGACCACUAUAUCCUGACUGCCUUGGCCAAAGACAACCCUGGGGAUGUAGCCAGCAACCGUCGUGAAAAUUCAGUGCAGGUGGUGAUCCAAGUGCUGGAUGUCAAUGACUGCCGGCCACAGUUCUCCAAGCCCCAGUUCAGCACAAGCGUGUAUGAGAAUGAGCCGGCGGGCACCUCGGUCAUCACCAUGAUGGCCACUGACCAGGAUGAAGGUCCCAAUGGAGAGUUGAUCUACUCACUUGAGGGCCCUGGCGUGGAGGCCUUCCAUGUGGACAUGGACUCGGGCCUGGUGACCACACAGCGGCCACUGCAGUCCUACGAGAGGUUCAAUCUGACCGUGGUGGCCACAGAUGGCGGAGAGCCCCCACUCUGGGGCACCACCAUGCUCCUGGUGGAGGUCAUCGACGUCAAUGACAACCGCCCUGUCUUUGUGCGCCCACCCAACGGCACCAUCCUCCACAUCAGAGAGGAGAUCCCGCUGCGCUCCAACGUGUACGAGGUCUACGCCACGGACAAGGAUGAGGGCCUCAACGGGGCGGUGCGCUACAGCUUCCUGAAGACAGCGGGCAACCGGGACUGGGAGUUCUUCACCAUCGACCCAGUCAGCGGCCUCAUCCAGACUGCUCAGCGCCUGGACCGCGAGAUGCAGGCGGUGUACAGUCUCAUCUUGGUGGCCAGCGACCUGGGCCAGCCGGUGCCAUACGAGACUAUGCAGCCGCUGCAGGUGGCCCUGGAGGACAUCGAUGACAACGAACCCCUCUUCGUGAGGCCUCCAAAAGGCAGCCCCCAGUACCAGCUGCUGACAGUGCCUGAGCACUCACCACGCGGCACCCUCGUGGGCAACGUGACAGGCGCAGUGGAUGCAGAUGAGGGCCCCAAUGCGAUCGUGUACUACUUCAUCGCAGCCGGCAACGAAGAGAAGAACUUCCAUCUGCAGCCUGACGGGCGUCUGCUGGUGCUGCGGGACCUGGACCGGGAGCGAGAAGCCAUCUUCUCCUUCAUCGUCAAGGCCUCCAGCAAUCGCAGCUGGACACCUCCCCGUGGAUCCUCCCCAACCCUCGACCUGGUUGCUGACCUCACGCUGCAGGAGGUGCGCGUUGUGCUAGAAGACAUCAACGACCAGCCGCCACGCUUCACCAAGGCUGAGUACACUGCAGGGGUGGCCACCGAUGCCAAGGUGGGCUCAGAGUUGAUCCAGGUGCUGGCCCUGGAUGCAGACAUUGGCAACAACAGCCUUGUCUUCUACAGCAUUCUGGCCAUCCACUACUUCCGGGCCCUUGCCAACGACUCUGAAGAUGUGGGCCAGGUCUUCACCAUGGGGAGCGUGGACGGCAUUCUGCGCACCUUCGACCUCUUCGUGGCCUAUAGCCCCGGCUACUUCGUGGUGGACAUUGUGGCCCGCGACCUGGCAGGCCACAACGACACGGCCAUCAUCGGCAUCUACAUCCUGAGGGACGACCAGCGCGUCAAGAUCGUCAUUAACGAGAUCCCCGACCGUGUGCGCGGCUUCGAGGAGGAGUUCAUCCACCUGCUCUCCAACAUCACUGGGGCCAUUGUCAAUACUGACGAUGUGCAGUUCCAUGUGGACAAGAAGGGCCGGGUGAACUUUGCGCAGACAGAACUGCUCAUCCACGUAGUGAACCGCGAUACCAACCGCAUCCUGGACGUGGACCGGGUGAUCCAGAUGAUCGACGAGAACAAGGAGCAGCUGCGGAAUCUUUUCCGGAACUACAACGUCCUGGACGUGCAGCCUGCCAUCUCUGUCCGGCUGCCGGAUGACAUGUCUGCCCUGCAGAUGGCGAUCAUCGUCCUGGCUAUCCUCCUGUUCCUGGCCACCAUGCUCUUCGUCCUCAUGAACUGGUACUACAGGACUGUACACAAGAGGAAGCUCAAGGCCAUUGUGGCUGGCUCAGCUGGGAAUCGUGGCUUCAUCGACAUCAUGGACAUGCCUAACACCAAUAAGUACUCCUUUGAUGGAGCCAAUCCUGUGUGGCUGGAUCCCUUCUGUCGGAACCUGGAGCUGGCCGCCCAGGCGGAGCAUGAGGAUGACCUACCGGAGAACCUGAGUGAGAUCGCCGACCUGUGGAACAGCCCCACACGCACCCACGGAACUUUUGGGCGUGAGCCAGCAGCUGUCAAGCCUGAUGAUGACCGAUACCUGCGGGCUGCCAUCCAGGAGUACGACAACAUUGCCAAGCUGGGCCAGAUCAUUCGUGAGGGGCCAAUCAAGGGCUCGCUGCUGAAGGUGGUCCUGGAGGAUUACCUGCGGCUCAAAAAGCUCUUUGCACAGCGGAUGGUGCAAAAAGCCUCCUCCUGCCACUCCUCCAUCUCUGAGCUGAUCCAGACUGAGCUGGACGAGGAGCCAGGAGACCACAGCCCAGGGCAGGGUAGCCUGCGCUUCCGCCACAAGCCACCAGUGGAGCUCAAGGGGCCCGAUGGGAUCCACGUGGUGCACGGCAGCACGGGCACACUGCUGGCCACCGACCUCAACAGCCUGCCCGAGGAUGACCAGAAGGGCCUGGGCCGCUCACUGGAGACACUGACCGCUGCCGAGGCCACUGCCUUCGAGCGCAACGCCCGCACAGAAUCCGCCAAAUCCACACCCCUGCACAAACUUCGCGACGUGAUCAUGGAGAGCCCCCUGGAGAUCACAGAGCUGUGACUAGACAGGGAAGCCUCGUGGGUGUGAGCAGCACCCGUCCACCGCCCCGUCCCAGGGAGCAAGGGCAGGGACAGGGCCAGUCGGGGGGUCCCCUCCAAGGCCAGGCCUGGGGGACAACCUUGGCUUAGCCCUGGUGGCCCGCAUCAGCUGCUCAGAUCCCACUUUUGCCAGACGCUCAUUCAGCAUCUGACCUCUACCUUCAUAAGAUCUGUUAUUUUUAUAAGAAAACCAAACAAAAAUGCUAAGCGUCUAAGGACAAGGUAAGGAGGGUCACUGGGGCCCACAAGUCUGGGGACCAGCUUGGCUCAGGCUGAGCUGAAAGAGGCCGAACAGGCCCUCCUCCCUCCCGGCUCCACCCCGCAAGCACCAUCCCCUCCGGCUGAGCAGGCGCAAGGGAAGCCCAGAGCGGACAUCCCCUGCUGGCUGGACACCCGACUCCAGUCCAAGUCCCGCUACAUUUCCGCCACAUCCCUGCUGGACGUCCAGGUGGAGGUGGCAUCCCCACAUGGACAAGAAAGUCAAUGUCAAUGAACAAGCAUUCUGUCCAUUUCACUGGCUUCCCAAAUGUGCCCAGCUUAUAAACAGAAGUGACUGACGUUCCCUUGGGUUUUGAAUGUGGAGUGUUUGUGUGUGUUCCUUUUUUAAAUUAAGUUAUUCCCUCAA